UCACUGUGUCUCCAUCAUGGCUGAGUCCUGGAGCCUCAGUAACUCUGAACUGUGAGGUUGAACAUCCGUCUGCAGGAUGGAGCUUCUACUGGUAUAAAGCUGUUCCUGAUCUAUCAGAGAAAUCCUCCAGUUAUGAGCUGCUACCUGAUGGCAGUGGGACUGCACAGGACUCCUACAUCAUUCAUGGACAGACACACACAGCAGGAUAUGUGUGCAGAGCUGGAAGAGGAGACCCAGAGUAUCACACUGAUCACAGUCAACCAACGUUUGUCUGGUCUGCAGAUGUUCAUUCAGCAGCGUCUCUCACAGUGAGUCCUGACAGAGUGCAACACUUCACCUCUGACUCUGUCUCACUGACCUGUGAGGGAAACUUCACUGAGUGGAGAGUGAGGAAGUUCUCUGAGGACGGCCGACUGUACUCUGACUGUAGGAGAAUGACUGGAUCCACAUGUAACAUCAACACAUCAAAGUCAGAUACUGCAGUGUACUGGUGUGAGUCUGGAUCAGGAGAGUUCAGCAGUGCAGUCAACAUCACUGUACAGAAUGAUGGUAAUGGUCCUAUCCUGGUGAGUCCUGUUCAUCCUGUGACUGAGGGAGCUUCUGUUAGUCUGAGCUGCAGUUUGAGAACACAAAAAAUACUUUCCAAUGUGUUUUUCUAUCACAAUGACAAACUUAUUCAAAAUGAUACCCGAGGGGAGCUGAAGAUCUCUGCAGUGUCAAAGUCUGAUGAAGGUUUCUACAAGUGUCAGUACUCAGGAAGAGAGUCAGCACAGAGCUGGAUGUCAGUUAAAGUAACUGUGUCAGGAGCUGACAGCUCUUCAUUUCCUGUGUGGUUGAUUGUUGGACUGGUUUGUGGAGUCUCUCUCAUUAUUAUUCUCCUGCUCUUGUUGUAUCGCUGCAGACAGUCCAAGUAUUCCUGCUUCACCAGGUCGAUCCAGUCUGAGAGUCACCGUCCGGGCUCCUCCACAAAUCAUGGAGUCAACCAGAAUGAAACUCAUGAAUACAACUCUCUUCAUCCUGGUGCAAAUGAACCCUGGGAUGUCACAUACUCUCGAAUUGAUAUUGCAAACAUCAGAAAGAAGAAAAACAAAGGUUAG